GCUACAUUGGCCAUAUACCAGAAACCAUAUAUCUCAACACGACUGCCUUAUUGCUUAAACAUUGUGUUUACAUUGUAUUCGUUUUUUUCAGGCAUUGAGUUAGAAGACAAAUGGUCUCUUUUGCGUCCCUAGCGGCAACACAGUGCCAGGAAGGUAGCUUGAAUUGAAUGAAUGGAAAAGGCUUUUGAUGGUUGAUAUCCGAGGUACAGACGGCGAGACUAGGCGGGGAAUUACAUUGGCGACUUUCGUGGCGACUUGUCGAAAGCAACGGAGAAGCAGUGUCUGAAAAUUGCAACAGAGUAGUGCAUUACCUAUGGAAUAACGGACAUUUUAAACAAAGAACCAUAUUUUCUCGUCGUGAGCCGGUGAGGGGUAGGGUAGGGAGGAACGCUACUAUGGUUGGAUAGUUUAAUGCUAUUUCAGACCGAUCCGGACGUAGGGAUAAUGCAUUGUGGAGCAACAGGUUACUGCUGCGUAAUGGAGUAAACAAAAACAGCGUGGCCUAUUUGUCAGAAUUUACCUUUAGGCAGUGUUUAUCACCAGAUUGGCAUCAAAUCUAAACCAAUCAGCCGUUAGCCUAUUCGUUUUCGAUCGGAGACUGGGACACGGUUGUAAUUUUAUUUUGAUGCAUUGUUUUUGAACAGGUUGACUGCUCAAGCAAGGUGAGCUACAGAGGACGUCUUGCACGAGCACGCGCUACGUUCGGAUAUAGCUUAAAACGACAUAACGUGGUCUAAUUUGCGGGAGCGAUGAUUAUAAUGGCCUUUAGGCGAAAUGGAGAGUGGUAAAAUGGCACAUGUAAACUAGAUAAACUUCCAAUAGUUCCGGGUGUGUUGUUUUGGAGUUUUCAUUAGAAGAACCAAAAUAGGACCUAAAUGGUACCAAACAAGUGGACCAUGAAUUCAGUUCUACAACACAAGUCACCACCAAGGAGUUGGCUUGGUCUCCGACUACGACUCAAUGAAAAGCCUGUUCAGGAGGAAGACUGGGUGGUGUGCCAGCAUCUGCAAUGCCCUGACCGUCGGCGAGCCUUGAAGGUGUGCCACCACCCAGACUGCCAGGACCUGAACAACAAGAGUCCCCUACACCUGUGUGAGUCAUGUGACUCCCGCUGCCACCCGGAAGACACAGGCAACAUGCACUUUGACCGGCACCCCCGUUUUGACCUGCAACCCCAAGGCUCUAUCCUGGCCCGGAACGUGUCGACGCGCUCCUGUCCCCCCCGCACCAGCCCCCCCUCUGACCUGGAGGAGGAGGACGAGGGGGGCAACGACCGAGGGGAGCGUAAAGCUGGGGGGCUUAAGCUGGUGAAGAAGAAACCACGGCGACGUCACACUGAUGACCCAAGCAAGGAGUGCUUCAGCCUCAAGUUUGAUCUGAAUGUGGACAUUGACACCGAGAUUGUCCCGGCUGUGAAAAAGAAGACCCUGAGGGAGGUGCUGGGCCCUGUGUUUGAGCGGAAGGGUAUAGAGUUGUCCCGGGUAGACCUGUUCCUAGACCAGUCCAAUACCCCGCUGUCCCUCAACUUUGAAGCCUACCGCUUCGGGGGCCACUAUCUCAAGGUCAAAGCUCGGCCGGGUGAUGAGCUGAAGGUGGAGCAGGGGGUGAAGGACCUGCGGUCACUCAGCCUGCCCAACUUGAAGCCCUCGUCGGGGGUGCAGAGCCCCUAUAUCCUCGCCCCGGGCAGUGAGAAGGUUGAGCACGGCUCCCUGGGUCGCAAGGAGAGCAACGUCGACCUGCUGGUCAGUACACCCUCCACAGGUCAGGCGCGUCGCAGGAAGAACAUAACAGAGUUCCUUGGGGACGCCAACAUCCCGUCCCCAGACUCCUUGGCCGGGCUGAGUGGUUCUCUUCCAGGCGUAGGCCCUGGACCGGACAGCUGGAAGAACCGUGCUGCCAGCCGCUUCUCAGGUUUCUUCAGCUCUGGCCCUGGUGCAGGGCCCUUCGGCAAGGAGGUGGACCGCAUGGAGCAGCUCCAAAGCAAGCUGCAGUCGUACACGCUGUUUGGCCUUCCCAAGGUGCCGCCUCAACUCUCCUUCCACCAUGACUCCUGGGAGGAGGAAGAGGAGGAUGAGACCAGCUUUGCCCUCGAGGACAGCUGGACACGGCUACUGGACGACCCUGAGGCAUUGACCAGGCGCCAGUUCCACCAGCAGGAGGCCAUCUGGGAGCUUCUGCACACUGAGGCCACCUACAUCAAGAAACUACGGGUCAUCACAGAUUUGUUCCUGUGUGGGCUGUUGAACUUGCAGGAAAGUGGCCUGCUGACGGAGGUGGAGCCGGCACGCCUCUUUAGUAACAUCCAAGACAUUGUGCGUCUGCAUACAUCCCUGUGGAACCAGGUGAUGCUGCCAGCCCUGGAGAUCGCCCGGCAGGCCAGGACCCUCCUGAACCCCAUUGAUCUCGAGCAGGGCUUCAGGACCUUCGGCUCCCGCUUCAAGCCCUACAUCCGUUACUGCAUGGAGGAGGAGGGCAGUCUGGAGUACAUGAGGUCACUACUCAGGGACAACGAGCUCUUCAGGAUCUACGUCACUUGGGCCGAGACCCAUAAGCAGUGCAAUCGCCUGAAGCUGGCCGACAUGCUUGCUAAGCCCCACCAAAGGCUCACCAAGUACCCCCUACUACUGAAGGCUGUCCUCAAGAAGACCGACGACUCACCAUCCCGCGACGCUGUCAACAGCAUGGUGGCUUUUGUAGAGGGCUUCAUUAAUGGCGUGGACGCGCAGAUGCGCCAGCGGGAGGAGCAGCAGAAACUUGCCACCAUCUCCGGACGCAUCGACUCCUAUGAAGCAGUGGAGGGGAGCAGCGAGGAAGUGGAGAAGAUCCUGCGCGAGUACAAUCGCUUUGACCUAAUGGCUCCCAUGAAAGGCACAUCACGGGAAGAGACCCGGCAGCUCCACCUGGAGGGGACUCUGCGUAUGAAGGAGGGCAAAGAGAGCAGGAUGGAUGUAUACUGUUUCCUGUUCACGGACCUGUUGCUCAUCACCAAGCCAGUGAAGAGAGUUGAGAAGGUCAAGGUGAUCAGACAGCCCCUCCUCAUCCACAAUGUCGUCUGCAAAGAGCUCAAAGACCCUGGCUCAUUCAUUCUCAUCUACCUCAAUGAGUUCAAGAGCGCUGUGGCCGCCUACAAUUUCCAGGCCAACAGCGCCACCCAGGGGCGAAGCUGGGUAGAUGCCAUCUGCAAUGUCCAGAAUCAGCUCCAGAGGCUACGGACCGAGGAGCUUCGCAGGCAGCAGGUCACGCUACAGCGCCGGCUAGAUGGUGAGGUAGAUGAAGAGGAAGACGAGAGCAGCAACUCCACAGCCAGUUCUCCCAGUAUGAGGCACAAACACCGUCAAGGGCCAAGUCAUUCGGAUGGCUCCACAGAGACCCUGUCAGUCAUGGAAAUAGGGGAGGACUCGGGAGAGAAUGCAGACCCGUCUGCUCCACAUACUGACCCAGGGGAUCCCUUAGAGAAAAGCCAGGACUCUGGCAUAGUCACCCCCCCCACUGGACCCAUGAACUGCCCCUCUACCAGCCCCCAGGGGAACCACACCGACCGGCACCCUGAGCCAGAGCAGGGGGGCCUGGAAGGAGGGGAGGGGGAGCUGGACUCUCAGUAUCGCUCGCUGUCCUUGGACAGUGCCUAUGGAACCCUCUCCCCAGAGUCCCUCCUGAGAGAGCUAGACCUGCAGACACGACAAGGCCACAGUGAGGAAGAGGAGACCGAAGAAGAGGGAGAACUAGAGUGCCACCAGGUUGAGGUGGAGAAGGAGAAGAUUAAAAUGGAAUUGGUGGAGGAGGAGGAAGAACAAAAAGAAGAAGAAGAAGAAGAGGAGGAGGAGGAAGAGGAGGAGGAGGAGGAGGAAGACUCAACCUCUAUCGGUUCCCAGCUGUCCGUUGUUCAGUCUAUGAAGCCCCGACGACGACCCCCAGUGACAGCCCGUCUGCACUGCCUCCAGAGACUGGACAUCAAGUCCCGCUCAGAGGACAACCUCCUGCAGCACUUCCGUGACACUGACCCCGUCUCCCAGAUACACGCACGCAGCUCUCCGGUCCAGGACCAGUCAGCAGGCAGGAUUGAGAGGGAGGAGUGUCUUGUCCACAGUAAGAGCCUAUCCGAACUACGCCAAGCACAGGACCUCACGGAGCUGGAACCUGAGGAUAAGGAGGUUCUCAGCAUGUCCAUGCCCUCUGGUAAAAUGACCGACGCCCUGAGGAAGUCUCAGUCCUGGCAAAGGGCUUUGGACCUGGAGCUGAGGCUGAGGUCAGCGAAGUCCUGCGAAGGCAAAGGCAGCCUGUCCAACAGCAGUGACUGGGGGAAGAAGGCAAGGCACACCGAGGGCCGGGACGGGGGCUCGUCGUUGACUGCCGGCGGUUUGGAGGAUCAGUCGGUGCCCAAAAACAGGAAGUCACUGACCCCGCAGCACAAAAAGCUGACCCUAGCCCAGCUUUAUCGAAUCCGCACCACCCUAGUUCUCAACUCCACCCUCACUGCUUCGGAGGUGUAAAUACCUGCGGUCGGUUAUUCAGCUAGUGGCACCUGACCGCAAAGAGGGAACCUCACUACCCGGGGAUCUGCACGGAGGGGACCAAAUUCCUUGGGACACAAAUGCACUCUGUCAAGCUGCUUUCUGCCUUUCCGUUGCCUUUCGGACAGUGUCUGCUGCGCCCUUCUGCAGUCAGACAAUGAGAAUCUUCUUUGCUGUUGCAUUUGGUUUCUGUUUAUUGCAUGGAAUGGGAGGCAGAAGGCAGAGAGACAUUCAACUGCUUGCACUUUGUGACAAUGGAACAUAGCGUUGGGGGGAGCUGAGCCUGGGUCCUUUGGGUGGACUGGAAUGUUACCUGUGUGAGGUAACCUGUGUGAGGUUACCUGCCCCCUUAAUAGAGACUGAAUUAAGGGUCUUCCAGGCAUGUAUUGGUCUGCUUCACUCUGCUAUGGAACAGUGUACUGGAGAAGGUAUAGGAAAGAGCUGGGUGGGCCAAACACUUUCGGAGUCUUAAGUAAUGGAAAGAAAGUGGGCACAACACCUGCCCUCAAAAAUGUGGUUGAUGAAAUGAUACGGCACCCAGCAUGUCCUGGUGUUUGUACUACUCCUGGUUUGCUAUGAUUAAACAAAACAACAAAUAUU